GAAAAUAGUAAUUAGGAAAUUUUGAAAGAAUAAAGGUAGUUAUUUAAUGAGAAACCGAACUACAUAGAAAAAGAGAACGAAAGGUAGGGAUUAGGAUUGGGUGUGGUAUACAGCCGCGGCAGGCAAAGAAGAGUUUCACGAAAACUGCCAUGGCUUUCUUCACCCUUAACCCCACUCUCACUCUCACUUCUUUUUCUUCUUCUCUUAAACCUAAUUCCCUCUCUUCUUCUUCUUCUUCAUCGUGUAACUGUCGACUUCCAUUUCGACGUUUUUCGAGACACGUCGUUCGUAUGGCUCCCGAAGAGGAGAAAUUGACUCGCCGUUCCCCUCUCGAUUUCCCUAUCGAGUGGGAAAGGCCUAGGCCAGGACGAAGACCAGAUAUAUUCCCCCAAUUCAGUCCGAUGAAGACACCUUUGCCACCUCCAAUGCCUGCAGAUCCCCCCGAAGAGGAUGAAGAAGAGGAAGAAAAGAGAGAGGAAGAGGAAGAUCCUGAAAAGGAGGACCCAGAGAAACCAGAACAAUAAUGUAGUAAAUGACUUGUCUUGAAUUUUCCAGUUUUCUUGAUAUGUCAGUAGGGUAUUGCUACUUACUGAACUUAAUGUAGCGUGUAAGGGCAUUAUUAUAUGAAUCAAUAGUGGAAGUUUGAGUUUUCUUCAUGUUUUUCUACACCUCUUAAAAAAUGACAAUUUGUUCACCUAUAACUGAUAUUUGGUUGGGUAGUAUACCAAAGUAUAUUUUCCUCA